GGGCGGAGGGGCUCUUGCCGCCACUGCUCUCUCGCCGCCUCUCCCCCCCGGCGGGAGCCGCUCUCAGCCGCUUUGCACUAGUCGCUCCGCUCUCUCGGUCAUGUGACCUUAACGUAACCGGACAGGAAAAGCCCCGCCGCCGCCGCCCGCCGCCGCGCCGGAGACACCGACCGCGGCGGCAGCAGCAAGCAGCAGCAGCAGCAGCAACGCGGGGCAGAGGCGGCGGCGGGGACAGUUAGGCCAGGCCGCCCGGCUCUGCCUCCCCCCUCACGCCCCGCCGCGGCCGCCCGCACCGGCGACAGAUUUUUUUAAAAAUGGAUUUGACCAACCAUGGACUUAUUCUACUGCAGCAGUUAAACGCUCAGCGAGAGUUUGGUUUCCUGUGUGACUGCACGGUUGCAAUCGGCGAUGUGUACUUCAAGGCACACAAAUCAGUUCUCGCUUCAUUCUCCAAUUACUUUAAGAUGUUGUUUGUCCAUCAGACCAGUGAAUGCGUCCGCCUGAAGCCCACUGACAUCCAGCCUGACAUAUUCAGCUAUCUGCUCCACCUGAUGUACACCGGGAAGAUGGCCCCACAGCUCAUCGACCCUGUGAGGCUGGAGCAAGGGAUCAAAUUCCUUCACGCAUACCCCCUCAUCCAGGAAGCCAGCCUUGCCAGCCAAGGCAGCUUUUCCCACCCCGAGCAAGUCUUCCCUCUGGCCUCAUCCUUGUACGGCAUUCAGAUUGCAGACCAUCAGCUGAGACAAGCCACCAAGAUGAAUUUAGGGCCUGAGAAACUUGGGCGGGAGCCUAGGCCACAGGCAUCCAGGAUGAACCAGGAGCCUAUACCAGAGACCUCGCAGCUGUCCCAGCUGACUUCAAACCUAGCCCAGGUGAAUCGGACAAAUAUAACUCCCGCAGACCCCCUGCAGACCUCGCUGUCACCUGAACUUGUCUCCACACCUGUGCCUCCCCCUCCUCCUGGGGAGGAGACCAACCUAGAGGCCUCUUCCUCUGACGAGCAGCCAUCAUCCCUCACGAUCGCCCACGUGAAGCCAAGCAUCAUGAAGAGGAAUGGAAGCUUCCCCAAGUACUACGCCUGCCACCUGUGCGGCCGUCGCUUCACGCUGCGCAGCAGCCUGCGGGAGCACCUGCAGAUCCACACCGGGGUGCCCUUCACUGCGGGCCCACCAGGGGAAGGCCGUGGGCCCCUGUCGCUCUGCAGCAAUGCGGCCGACCUGGGCAAGGAUGCUCUGGAAGUACCGGAGGCGGGGAUGAUCAGCGACAGCGAGCUGCAGCACAUCUCCGACUCCCCCAUCAUCGAUGGGCAGCAACAGUCGGAGACACCACCGCCCUCAGACAUUGCAGACAUCGACAACCUGGAGCAGGCAGACCAAGAGAGGGAAGUGAAGAGGCGCAAGUAUGAGUGUACGAUCUGCGGCCGCAAGUUCAUCCAGAAAAGCCACUGGCGUGAGCACAUGUACAUUCACACGGGCAAACCCUUCAAGUGCAGCACCUGUGACAAGAGCUUCUGUAGGGCCAACCAGGCCGCACGCCACGUGUGCCUCAACCAGAGCAUUGACACCUAUACCAUGGUGGACAAGCAGACACUGGAGCUCUGCACGUUCGAGGAAGGCAGCCAGAUGGACAAUAUGCUGGUGCAGGCCAACAAGCCCUACAAGUGCAACCUGUGUGACAAGACGUUCUCCACACCCAAUGAGGUGGUCAAACACUCCUGCCAGAACCAGAACUCAGACGUGUUCGCCCUGGACGAGGGACGGUCAGUCCUGCUUGGCAGUGGGGACUCAGAAGUAACUGAACCUGACCACCCCGUGUUAGCGUCCAUUAAAAAGGAACAGGAAACUGUGUUACUAGACUGAAUGUUACUUGUGUUUUUAAAAACUGUCAUUUUUACAAAGAAUCUUCUCCUCUAUUCGGGACAGUUUCUCCAUGGCAUGAUACAAAUGGGCCCCAGCUCUUUCCCGCCCCCUUCUCCCAGCCCCAUCUCUGUAAGGCUUUGUGCAUUAUAAUCCUGGACUAUAUUUACUUUAAUUCAGGGGAUAUUGGAAGGAUAAUGGUCAGUAGUACUUAUAAAGAAAUAGGUUUUGAGAAGUUUUAGAUUAUUUUAAAAACCUACUUGGAAUUAAUUAAGAGUAUAUAAUAAAACAACUAGAAUAUAAUUUGGUAAGCUAAAAUUAUGACUGUCCCUGGGUAAUAAGUCUUCCUUCUCAAAGAAACAAAGUCAGAAAAUACAGCAUGCUUCUUAGAGAUAAAGCUGGGCACUGCUAUGCAAAUCUAGAAGGUGUGGGGAAACUUUAAACCCGAGAGAAUGUUUUUCAUAUUUGUCCUCUAGGUGUCUGAUUUCAGAAUGUAUCUAUCCUUUGAGAUUAUGUCCAGCUAAGGAAAAUCACUAGUUAAGAGAACUGCUUUAACACAUGCAAAAGAGUAAUAAUGUGAUGGCAAUCUUCAUUUUUGGAUAAAACCUGAUGGGCUAUGAAUUUGUAUGUGAGCAAACGCAUAUGGAUACUUGCUACAGGCAAAGGGAUUGGUGCGCAUGCCUUACCCCAUGGCUGGCCUCUUUCCAAGAUGAACAAGAAGAUGCUGUGUUUCGGUUCCUGACACACUUGUUUUAAAAUGAGAUUUGAAAACGUGAUCCUGUAAAUGUCUUUCUGAACAGCAAUGGCCAAUGGUGAGCUUGUGUGUGAGCCAGCUAGCCAACUGCCUGUAAAUCAGUUGUGUGCCCUGCAGUGACGCACCACACAAUGCAAGUUGUGAGCCGAAAGUAUAACUUUAAUGAGGGUUAAAGUUGAUGCUGCCUGGGCGCCAGUUGGGAUGGGAGCAGGAGGAUUAGGAGUUUGAGGCCAGCCUGGGCCAAGACCUUGUCCAAAAAAUAAAAAAUAAAAAAAAUGCAAUGCCCAUAGUUCACUGGUGACAUCUACUAAAGCAUCAAAAAUAACAAAUCAGGACACAAAAUCUUUUUGGAGGAAAAAAAACCACAAUUGAUUUUGUUGUAUAUCCUCCAGUUUUUGUUAACACCUGAAAUUUUCCCCAGUGGCCUAACAGCAUGAAAAGCUGUCCAUUAAUCUUCCCUUGGGCCAAUAAGAAAGUGGUCUCCCAGGANGCAACGGAGCCAGAAGUGAGGACUAAGGGGCAGGGUGAGGGUAGUGCAUAGCUNUACCCUACGUGUAUGUUAGAAACUGAAUAUCCCACCAUCCUCUUAUAUGUAUAGUUGAGUUCUAAGAUUUGUAAGUUUUUAUACAUCCUUUCAUUGAAUAAACAUUUAAUUAAA